AUGUCGGUAUUUAUUGGGGUGCAAGCUCGGGAAGUGUGCAAGGAGGAUCGAUCGCAGGGCGUCGCUCGUUGGAUGUCGCGUGCUCGUGGUAUAGAUCGUCAAGCAGGCGAGGGUGUUGAACUCGGCACUGGAGGUAGUUUGGGCGAAGCGUUGGUCAACAACGCGGGCGGGAGCGGAAUACCUGUUGACCUGUUUACCUGUUGCCACUCGGGGGGGAAAGGCAGGGACAACAAUUUGGUCGUCACUUCUGGUCGGGAUUCGGAAGAAGGUGGAAGAAAGGCCGAGUCGGGUAAUUUUGCCGCCCCCUUGUUGGCGUUUUCGGCGUUGUCGGUUGAGGCAGUCGAGUCCGACCGGGGGUGGCGUGUGGCGGUCUGUCCUCGGUUGCCGAUUCAGUCGCUUGCCCCGUCAAGGGAAGGCAGGAAGACGCACUCCAUAGCCCUUCAAUAUUUUGCGCUGCCAAACCCGCAGGGGUGCGCCCAGUGCGAGAAACAUAUAUAUCACAGUAUUUUACUGUAUGGCUACUCAGGUAUUGAAAUGCAAGCUGAGGCGAGGACAGUAGCGGCAACGAGUCAACGACGGCGUGACAAGGAACCACUUCAAACUAUGGCCGCCGCCUACGGAAACGUCUCAGCGAACGGUGAAUCGCACAACGUGUUAUUACAACUUACGCGUACCGCGCCCCAGGCCCGAUGCCCCGCGAACGGACCGAGAAAGCUGGCGGCCGGGCUGCCCCGGUCGACGGCCCUCGCCCUCGAUGUCAAGUCACAGGAUCUAGAUCGAUAUGUUGCGAGCCGCCAUGUUUUCGUCUCUCUCGUUCCCUUCAUUCACCAUGCCGAUAUCAUUCGUUCGGGUAUCAGGGGCAAGACUCACCUCGUGACGUCGAGCUACGUGACACCUGCCAUACGGGAGGCUUGUGAACAGGCCGGCAUCACGGUAUUCAUCAUCGAUUCGCUGAUGCCAUCACCGUCUUGGGCGACGGGGGCGCUGACCCCGGCGUCGACCACCUCUAGGCAGUCCUCGAGUUCUAGUCGUACUGUUGACGGGCUCCCCGCUCCCGAGGCUGCCAAUAACCCAGUCAAGUUCAAGUUCUCGUGGUCCCUCGUGGCGCCCUUCUCUCCAAUCAAGGAGCUCAUAGCCAGUGCUGUGUCGAAUCAUGUUCUGGACGGAUACUCGUUCCUCGCAUACCCAAACAGGGGCUCGACCAUCUUUCGCGAGUUCUACAAAUUCCAGAGGCUCACACCGUCAUUCGAGGCUCCCUGUGAUACAAAAGGCAACCGGCUUUGGUCAGAGCCCCUCAUCGACCCUGGAUGGAUCGACUCCAAGGAUAAGUCCUGGCUAAAGGAUGACUCGCCGAAAGAGCCACACCUCAUCGAGAAGAUCGACGAACUCUUCCACCCCGGGGAGCGCGACUUGGUCAUACUACCACACAACUAUGUGGUGAAAUGGAAGCGGCGGAUCAGAGCCAACAUGAAACGCGUACCCGCCAAUGUCAAAGGCUUUCGGAAUCAUCUGUGGAACUGCUCGCAGAUGAUUCUGGACGGUUUCGCACCUUUCAACCAGCCUGGCGUAUUAAGACCAUAUACCAAGGAGAUCUUCGACCCCCUCCGGGCCAAGGUUAAAGCUGAGGAGGCGAUGCGGAACGUAAUAUUUACCGAUGGUGUACUAAUGGGGGAACUUCUCCCGUCACUUCACAAUAUCGACGUUUACUACCGCUGGCCCCAUAUUGAGGAAUCAGGAUUGCACAGGUGCGCCACCAACGUCCCUACAACGUCCCACGCACAUACCUCUCAGAUUCAACCAUACCCGUUCUAUCCGUUGCUGGUUUUCGGAGCCAUACAUCGGAUUUGCUGGCGCGACGAGCUUUUAGUUCAAAGUCGUCUGCCGAGGGUGCCCGCCAUCCUGUCGCCCAACCAUGCGUCUUAA